AUGGCUGGCCUGAUCGACCCGACCGUCGCGGGCAAGUAUCCCGUCAUUCUCGGAGACGGGCUGCUUGGGAAGACGUCCAACGACAUCUUUACCGGCAUCCGAUGUGCGACCCCCCUCCUCCCCUCCUCCCCCAAUAAACGACAGCCGUGCCUUGUGCGUGCCAACACUCAUGUCUCCCGUCCAGAUAACCACAAACCUGCCCUGUCCUCGGAUGAUGCUCCCAGCAGUGCCCGCCUGAAGCCUUCGGUCCCCGGCAAAACAGACUCGUACGAUUUGUCAUUCACCGACGACGACGGCGCGUAUGCCUACGCCGGCUCGAGAAACACCACCGGCAGCCAAUAUGUCCUCCACUUCGACGCCGAGCGCAAGGCCUUCAUCCUCGACAGGAUCGACUCCACGUUCAACAUGAACGUCACACGGCUCCCGGGCAACUCUGACUCGGCCCGCCUAAGCCGACAGUAUCCUCACCUCGAAAACAAGCGCGGGCCAGAAACACAGCCCAAGCGAGGCGCUGCCAAAAAGACCCCUGCGCCCAAGGUCUCGUCAUCGGCAACCUCGGCCGCGAAGCCGCAGCCCAAGGAGCCCAAGGAGCCCAAGCGCAAGCCCGAGAAGAAGCAACAGGCCAAGGAGGCGGCGCUCUCUUUCCCCGAGCCGGAAAAGGAGAAACCCAAGCCGAAACGCAACUCCUUUGACGAGGAGGAGGACGAGGACGAAGACGACGACGGCGGCUUGCUGAUUGAGUACCCUGGCGCGGAUACCGCGGCUGCGGCUAGACAGACCGACUUCUCCCCGGCGUUCCCGCCUCUGAGGCCCUUUGACGAUUUCAUGAACCAGCGAGACUCUGACGCCGACGACGCGGAUGGGGAGAGCGACGACGAGCCAGACAUGGACUUUAAGCUACCCAGUCCGGUGAACCACCACCGACAGGGACCGGGGCCGGAACCGACGGACGAGGACGCCAGGGAGGAAGAGCACGACGAGGGCGACGUCGACGUCGCCCACGAUCUAGAGGGUGACUUGGAGAAAGAGAUGGAGGAGGCCUUUGAGGGUCUGGCCAACAGCCAGGAGGACACGCCCGUGGCAGGCGACGAGAGCGAGAUCAGCGAAGAGGAUUAA